UAGGGAUAUAGAAGCAUUGGGCGGUUUAUAACCUUCGGCUUCGGCCAUUGUAUUUCAACGGCCAUGGCCUCUGUUAGGAGCUUGGACGAACGGACCGUUAAUCAUCUUCUUCAAAUCUGUGCAAAACCCACCCGAAACCAGGCACAGCUUUCAAAGCAAUUCGUUCUUCCAAUACCGAUUUCGAGAAGGUCCGCGAUUCUGAUUUCUUCGCUGCCUUUCAGCCUUCUCAUUUCACACUCUCCACCGUCAGAGGCCAGAGAGCGACGGAACAAGAAGAACAUCCCUCCUGAAGACUACCUCACUAGCCCUGAGGGAUUAAAGUACUAUGAUCUGUUUGAGGGAAAGGGCCCAAUAGCUGAAAAAGGAUCAACAGUUCAGGUGCACUUUGACUGCAUAUACCGUAAUAUUACAGCUGUGUCGAGUCGAGAAUCCAAACUCUUAGCUGGAAAUCGUAGUAUUGCCCAGCCAUACGAGUUCAAAGUUGGAGCUCCUCCAGGGAAAGAAAGGAAGCGUGAAUUUGUUGACAACCCAAAUGGUCUGUUUUCUGCGCAGGCUGCACCAAAACCCCCAUCGGCUAUGUACUCCAUAAUUGAAGGGAUGAAAGUAGGGGGAAAGCGAACUGUGAUUGUUCCUCCAGAGGCUGGGUAUGGCCAAAAGGGAAUGAACGAGAUCCCUCCCGGAGCUACAUUUGAACUAAAUGUUGAGCUUUUGCAAGUAUUACUGCCUGAAUGAAGUGAGCUUAAUUUGUGUUGUGAGAAGCUCGUGGUAAUUAGAUUCCUCAUCAUGACCUUUUUCUGUCCAAUUUUGAUUGGGAAAAAGCCUUUCUGUUGGCAAUGGUAAUUGUUUCAGCUAAUGAUUAUAUUGGA